ACUAUUAGGCUUUCCUAAUUAUUGAUUACAUAUAGGGCUGGUACUCUGCAGGGGCCAACAAGCAAAUUUCGUGUUAGAGUACUCACAUCAGCAUUUCUAUUUUAUUCUUUAAAAUAUUUCAUUAAAAUUUAACUUUAUCUAUUUUAGCUCACACUUUUAUGUUAUAUCAUACAUCCCUUUUUUUUUAUAUUUUCUUUUACAACAUUGUAAUAUCAUAUCUUGAUGAAGAAAAAAAUUUGAAGAAUCCUAAAAAUUUAGAAAAAUAUCUCUACAUGUAAACAAGGAAAUAGUGUUUGAGCUAAAAUUAAGAAUGAUUUAGCUCACUUGAUGUAGCACUAUUUUAUUAUUUUUUAGUUAAAAAUUUAAAGAUGAGCUAUUUAGUUACACUAAUGUCAGUGCUUAAUUAGGGUCCAAGGGGAAAAACUGGUGAGUUUAGUAAGUUAUGUAGAUUCUAAAGAAUUAUGAGAAUUUGGAGAAGCAGUAGAGAGUAUUUAGUAAAUAAUAAUAAUAAUAAUAAUAAUAUGAUUAAAGUAUUACUAAGUAUUAAACAAUUAAAAUAAAUAUUAUAUUUGAUUUAUAAUAUGAGAAUUUGGAUACUUUUUUAUUUUUGUGGUAUUACUGCUAUACUACUAAAAUUAUCUCGUUGUGACUGUUAGCCAAUUUGCUGAAAUUCAAUGUUGGUGGUUAUAAAUUAUUUGAUUUAUAUUAGAGGUAUAGAUGAUUUUAGGGAGUUAUGGUGGAGAUGACAUUUAGACUUCUUUUUAGAUUAUUCAUCAAAGAAUAAAUAAGAAAAAAACUUUGAUUUAAUUGGGAAUUCUCUUCCCUGGGAAGUCUUGGCCGAUCCAUAUAUAUGCACACACACACACACAUAUACUUUGAAAAUUUAUCUCCCAUCUCAUCUUCAAUCCCUUUUCAACUCAAGGAAAAUUAAGAGCAAAUCUUAGGAGGAAUUUCAAGCUUUAAUCAAGUGGAGAAUUGAGGUUACUCUUACUUUACAUAUUAAAUAGGUGAAUUGAAGAGGAGUGACUCAUGUUAUACCCGAAAUUCGGCUGGAGGACACGUGUUAAGAUAAAGGGAAUGUGAAUCGGUGCAAUAGCUUUUUAUGGAAUAACUCAUUAAUUACGUAAGUAUCAGAGUAUAUUUGUAACCCGCUGACUGUAAGGUCUUAGACGAGGAAUCAAUGUACAAAUUGGCACUUAGUGUAUUAGCGAGAAACCAUAUGUCGCUAAAUAUGAAUAGCGAGGCACCGGAGAAAGCGACACGUAUCAACCAUGAAAGUCCUUAGUAUGCAAUGAACAAACUAAGUGUAAAAGUCGGAUCGGCUCAAAGAACAAGUAAGUGAGGUGACCAUCUCGCUAUGGGAAGACUUCAUAUAGCUUCAUCCAGCUAACAGGAGCAAGGUUUACAACCCUAGCGAGUUAGAAGACUUCUCUGCAAAUAACCACGAUCGACACAAGACAUAAAUUGUCGACCUCGGAAGGAAGAAUGGCCCCAGCUCGCUAUUGGGAUCACUAUAAUCAAAGUUUCUAUCGAGACAUCUCCAGAUUCAACAGUUAAACACGUGUUUAAUACACGAUAGUUUUGACCCAAUAAAAGCGGGAAAAUCACAGUUAUACGAUUUUCAAAUUAUAAAUCGCAUUUACACUACGUGAUAUGUAAUCAAAUCCCAAAAUUUUAGGGAUGAUUGCUGUAAAAUUAUUUUGGUCAACUUUGUAAUUCAAUGUCCACUAUGUAAUUAUAAAUAGUGACAAAGAAGAUCAAAAAAGGGACGAAAAAAACUCAUAUGAAAGAAGCCCUGAAACAUACUCAGAAAUCUGAAUAAGAUUGACUCGUGGACUAUGUAGAAUUUUAACUACAAAACCACGUAAAAAAAACUCUGUGUUCAUAUUCUUUACUUUUCUAUAGCUUUUAUUUGUUCUGUGUGAAAUCAUCACUGUGAGGCUUAAAUUUAGUUAACAAAAAUCUGCGUUAACAGUUUGGUGCUUUCAUUGAGAGUCUCUGUAAAAAAGCUCAGAUAAACCUUCCCUUCUUUCGAAGAAAAAUCAUCUCCUUCAUGGCUUAAAAUUCAGAAAAUGUUAACACCCCACAUGAGAAAACCAAUCAUCGUUCUGGGAAAGAGCCUAUGGGCUUCAAAAGAUCUACCAACCCGCAGUCCAGAAGGAACACCCGUUCCAGGAGGGCUCAACCUGAGGGUGGCCCCAAUGCACGGACCACGCGUUCCCGGAGAACUCGACCCAACGUUGGUCCUAGUACACGGACAACACGCUUGAGGAGAACUCGGCGUGGGAAUGGUCAAAACCUCGGAUCGAGGGAUGAAGUACACAAUUGUGGAGGUGCCCAAAUCUGUGGGAGAAAGAACUUAUGAAACGGAAAGUCGUCGUCUGAGACGCCGUUUGGAAGAAGCCCAACGUCGAAACGCUGAGUUAGAACGUGAGGCAGCCUCAGCCAGGGCGGCACAAGGGACGGAUGCUCAAAAUCAACCUGAACUUGGAGAGAAGACCACGGGGUAGACCUCGUGGCUCACGAACCAGGAGAUAGGAAAAGGCCCGGGAAAAAUAACCCAGAAAAAAUGAGACACCCCUUAAAAAAUCAGGACGAACAGCCAGAUGGGAGACAACCGGAAACUGAUGAACGAGAAAUCCCUCAUGAAAAUGAGGAGGAUCUUGGGACUCAACCGGGAGAACGGAGAUCACCUGCUAGAAAUCACCAACGUUCAUCCCAAACCCAUAGAGCGAGGACUCGUACAUAUCCUGAUGGGGGAAAUACGACAAACCGCUCUCGGGAGGAAGGAACAGAGCGUGAAGAAGCAAGUGUGACUUCGAGGCGAUCCAGAACCCAUAGUCGAUCAACUCGAAGAGGAGAAAGUACUCAACGAGCUAAUGACCGAGAAAGUAUGGGAACUAGUAAAUCCGGAAGCCACUCACAGACAAAGUCAAUGAGUAAGACAAGAUCUGCCAGCAAUUACUCCCAACUGGAUCUGCGAGAGCACUUGAAUCGGAAGAAACCUGACCUUCGCCAACAGCUUGGUCCAAAGCAAGAGGAUCCAAUCCAAUUGCAGAUAAACGAGCUGGAGGACAAGUUUAGAAGAUAUCAAGUAGGGGAAUUAGGGAAACUAUCUGGAUACGACAUUGGGGAAAUUUUGUCUCUGUACAUCGAAUGUCUCUUGAAAGUGGUCUUAAGUUAUUUUGUCUAAAUUUUCGAAAUAAUUUAGUCUUAUAAAAAUCGUUUUGUUUGUAGUAACUCAUAUUCUGACUUUAUAUAUCUUUGACUAGAUAAUUAACUUGUUUACUCAAAGUUCAUUUGCAUCGACAGUUAUCAUAGUGUGAUUCAUAUUACUCUCUAAAAAGUAAAAAAAAAAAUAAUAAAAAGCUUAAAGAAAUUUUAAAUAACAGGACAAACAAAAAUCAUAUAUAGAUAGGGUUGAUUAUCUUUCAAGCUAAUGGCCUUGUCCCCUCCACUUUUGUCUCCUCCUCACCUAAAGGCUAUCAAUGGCUUAACUUUAUUGAUAAAUGACAUUAUGGCUUUGAAUUUGAUUGAUAGCUCUAUGACCAAACCAAACAAUAGCACUAAAAUUAAUUUUUUAAAAAAAUAUUAAUAAUAGUAAGAAAAAAGUGGACACAACAGUUUGUGGUAGACUUUGAUACAAUAUCAUCCUCAACAAUAAAUAUUCCUAUCUAUAAUAUAAAUCAAACUAUUCUUUGAAAAUUGUCCCAAGAAAAAAUCUCUGAUCUAUAAUGGGUUACUGUGCAUGUAGAAGAAAUGAAAGCCCACCCUUAUACCCAGUUGUGGUAUUCUUAUCAGUGGUGGCAAUUUUAUUGGCUAUACCAUGGGUGGUCUCACAAGAGCCAGUGAUAGAGGUUGAAACCCCAAAAGUCCAGAUCAAUUGGGCUCUAAUAAUCACACCAUUGUUGCUGUUAGCCAUGGUGCAUUGGCUCUCAUCUGCUGAGACUCGAAGGCCUUGUCCAAUGCCACCGCCCUACUAUUAUGCCACGUGUCCCUGCAGAGGAAAGUAUGGUUGUUCAUGUGGCCACUUUAAUAAGUACCCUCUUUGUUAUUAGCUCUGAAUUUUUAUGUUGUUGCAGUAGACUAGUAGUAUUGUAUGUUUGUGUGUUAUAUGCUUUUGUCUGAGAUCUCUUGUACAAUUAUAUGCUUUUGUUGUAACUCUAAUUGUUCAUUCCAAUAGUAUAAUUAAUUAAAUGUAUAGUUAUUAUUUAUUCA